AUGGAGAUUAUCAUCGUUGGAGCUGGUCUCGCGGGGCUCUCCACCGCACUAGCCCUCUCGCACUCGCUCUCGGGUACGAACUCUAAACAUCGUAUCCUCCUUCUUGAAUCCGCACCUCAGCUGGCUGAGAUUGGAGCGGGCGUGCAGCUCACGCCCGUGGCCACGCGCUUCUUCCUCCGGUGCGGGCUGGGCCCAGCGCUGCUUGCUGCCUCGGCGGUGCCGUCGUCAUGGCACCUGAGACGUGGAAGCGACGGCGAGGUACUGAACCGGGUGCCGAUGGAUCGAUUUACGGAGUGGUACGGGGCGCCGUAUAUAGUUGUGCACCGGGCGGACCUGCAUCGAAUUCUGUGGGAGGCGCUGGUAGCGAGGCAAGGGAAGGAUGGAGCGGUGGAUGUGGAGAUGAGGUUGGGGACGCGGGUGGCCAAGUACGGAGUGGAGGAGGGAUGGGUGCAGGUGCAGAACGGGGAGAAGCUCAAGGCAGAUCUGGUGAUAGCGUGCGAUGGUAUCAACAGCUCCGCGAGAGGCCAACUGAUGCGGAGUCUGGGAGCACCGCAACAGGAGUGGGUGGUGGGCACAGGCAUGGCCGCCUACCGCGUUAUGGCCGAUGUGAAGGAGGUGCGGGCCGACCCGCUCACUAGGGAGAUCGUAGAGGAGCAUGCGGGAAAUUGCUGGGCUGACACCCACAAGCUCGUCAUGACAUACAUGAUCCGCGGCUCUGACAAGCUCAACCUGGUGCUCUCCCACCCGGACACAGUCGACACCAGCGCUUGGACCCAAGAACAAUACAAGGCCGAACUAACCCGCUUUUACGGAGACAUGGACCCGCGCGUAAAGCGCCUGAUUGAACUGGCCUCAGGCCCUGUCACCAACUGGCCAGUCCACCAAGUACUGCCUCUCCCCAGUUGGACAUCACGGGCCAAGAACUUCGUCCUCAUCGGCGACGCCGCCCACGCCAUGUCCUUCUACCUGUCCAUGGGCGUCUCUCUCGCCAUUGAAGACGGCUUAGCGCUUGCUAUCGCUUUGGCCCACCACGUCUCGCGUCCAGAGAUAUUCUCGCUGGCUUCAGCUGUUACGCUGUUCGAAACUGUGCGCAAGCCGCGUGCAGAGAAGAUCAGUGCGGCGAGCCAGCACGCGGGCGACCUAUUGCACCUGGAGCCUGGGCCCGCAAGAGAUAUGCGGGAUAGAGCAGCGAGGAGGGACGGGGCUGAGGGCGAGGAGGAGACCAAGGGUGAUCCGCUGCUUGAUUGGACAAGUUAUGGUAUUACGGACAAGAAGAUUAGGCAGUGGGUGUAUGGGUACGAUGUAUUGGAGGAGGUAGAGAGUAAGAAGCAGGAGAUGAGUAAGUUGUGA